AAAAAACGACAGUUCACAAACGAAACAAAGACGGCGGAGACGCUCUUUCUUUUCUAUAUUUUCAGUGAAAAGUUAAGGUUGAAAGUUUGUGGAAUUCUCAUUUGGAAAAAGAAGAAUACAAGUUUUUUUGAAUUAAUUAAAAUUACGUGUGGUGGCAGACAAAAUCGGAAGAGAAAAGUGAAAGAAUUGCAAAUACCUGAGACAGUCUCUUUUUGUGUUUCGUUGGUCCAUUGAUUUGUGUUUUUCUUGUGUCGUGUUGUGCUUCCCCACCAAAAUCCCAAUCCAACCAUGGAGAAUGUUGGGGCGAAACGUGAAACUCUUUACGACCGCUGUCUUUGCUGUUUUGUCUCCAAGCUCAACUACAAAUCCCAGUCGUUGGCCGCAGUCCUGCAGCUCCGUUACCUGCCUCCCAGUGUGCUAAUCGACAUUUAUGUUUUGAUGUCCCAACGUGAAGAUUUGAAGCACAUGCUUUUCGAGCAGAUGGCCGAUUUGCAAAUAUUUGAACGUCUGCUGCGCUUCGAUCCGGCACGUCAGAAAUUAUUUCUUUGUCUAGCCACAUUAAUAAGUAGAGGGAAACAGUUGGCCAAGGAAUUGGAACAAACAUUUAUUCAACGAUAUGCGCCGCCCUCACCAUCUCCAAGUUCAAGGUCUCAUAUGACGCAAACCACCAAGACUGCUUCCAAAUUAGCCAAGUUGGCCAAAGCAAAACUAACUGUAUCAACUUCCACACCGUCAACCUCAGCUCUAUUGUCUCCGCCUCAUACGGACGAUGAUUCCGUAGACGAGGAAGCCAUCAUACAAGCUGCUGACUCUUUGGCACUCUCAUCCAAUGAACAUGAAUACAAUUUCGGACUGGAUGUAAUUGAUUUUGGUUUACGUUUGGGCUCAUUUCUCUCCGAAGCCGGCUGGCUGUCAGAAAGUAUAGCCAUUCUGCAGGUUGUUGCUAGCCGCCUAAGAAAAAUGGAACCAACAAAGAAAAUACAAAUUAUUUAUUUGGACUGUUUACAAAGACUAUUACAUUCGGAAUCCUGCUCAAGUAAUUUCAAAUCAGCUGAACGCACAUUUGAUAUAAUGAUGGAAUUACUUAAGGAAAUCGAUCAAGAUGAAAUACCCAAGCCGUUGUUGGCAAAUACAAACACACAAAUAUCCGAAAUGUAUUUUGCACGCAAUGAAUACGAUGACAGUCAUAUGUGGAGCGUUGUAGCCAUGCGAAAUUUGGAAGAAACGACGCCAGAGCGAAUUGCCAUUGAUGUUCUGAGACAGGCGGCCAAAGCUUGUGUGGUGAAACGUGAUUAUCAACGGGCAAAUAUUUUAAUUUGUCAAGCCAAAAGUAGGGCGAAAAAAACAUUUGGUUCUAAUCAUCAAAAGUAUGCCGACACAUUACUGGACUAUGGUUUCUUUUUGCUAAAUGUCGACUCGCCCUAUCAGAGUGUAAAUGUUUACAAAGAAGCAUUGGAUAUCAAACGCUGUGUCUUUGGCAAUCGCAAUUUCCAUGUAGCAAUGGCCCAUGAAGAUUUGUCCUAUGCCUAUUAUGUCCACGAGUACAGCACUGGCAAUUUCACCUGUGCCCGUGACCACAUUGAGAAAUCAGUAGAUAUUUUAAAACAUUUGGUGCCACAGAAUCACUUAAAGUUGGCCUCAGCAAAGAGAGUUAAAGCACUGUUGCUGGAAGAGAUAGCGCUGGAUAAGAUGGCGGAGGGUGUUGACGAUGAGGGAUUGCUGAAACAGUCCGAAGAGUUGCACAAGUUCGCUUUGCAAUUAUCCCUUGAAGUAUUCGGCGAAGAAAAUGUGCAGACUGCAAAACUAUAUGGCAAUUUGGGAAGGCUUUAUCAAACCAUGAAUCGGUUUGAGGAGGCCGAGCGGAUGCAUCAAAAAGCCAUUAAAAUAAAAACUGAUUUAUUGGGACCUUAUGAUUAUGAAGUUGGUCUUUCCAUUGGACAUCUGGCGUCGUUGUAUAAUUAUCAAAUGAAGAAAUAUAGAGAAGCAGAGGAACUGUAUUUACGCAGCAUUGAAAUCAGUUUACGCUUAUUUGGUCGUUCAUAUUCUGGCCUGGAAUAUGAUUAUUUGGGACUGUGUCAUGUCUACGAGACAUUGCGAGAGUACGAAAAGUAUCUGCAAUAUGCACAUAUUUUGGAAAAUUGGCAAAUUUUACGUGGUCAAAAUUUAACAAUGAAUAAAACAAUUUAUCCUGCUAUUAAUGAAGACUGUUCCCUGGAGGAGAUUAAGCAACAAUUUUUUAAUAUGUGCAACCACAACUUAACACCCUGCAAUUAAGAAAAGGAGUAGCUGUUAUGUGUGCUGUUGUAACAACAUUACUGUGUCUACUUAAUAUAUUAGGGAUUUUACAUAUACAUACACAUAUAGUACAUAAAUAUUAUUAUUAUUAUUAUUAUUACAAUUGAUAGAGACAAAAAUGUAAAUUAAGAAUCUCAUGCAAUAUGUAUUUUUGUAUUUUUUCGUUCUUUGUUUCCUUCGUUCCAUUUGUUUGUUUUCGGUUUUGUUAACAACAAAAUAGCCAACCAACACAAGUGAAGAAUAAGCAUAAUAAUUUAGUGAUUACUAAUUAACAAUGAUGAUGCAUAUCGUGAAUUUUAAUACUUGAUUUUAAUGCAAACACACACACAUACAACCAUAUAUAUGUAUAUCCAAGUCUGGUGUAUGAUUGGAUUACAAAUGCACUAGUUAUUUACCAUUGUCGCUUAAUUAUUCGUAUUAUAAUUGUGUUAUUGCCUAUCCGACUGCGCCUAUUUAGGAGCACAGCAAUGUUCUCAUUAAUUCUCAAGUCGAAAAGGCACUCUUCAUUGAUUCCAAACUGUCGUAUCGUGCAAAAUGUAAAAUAUUUAUAUAAAUACUUAUUUCAUGUACAAAUAAGUAAAUAUUAUGUCAACUACAACAACAACAAAAAAAGAAAUUAUGGAAAUUGCCAGACAAUGAUUCAAUAGUUUGCAAUGUGGAAUCUCAAAAAUUCAUUGGUGUAUUGAAGUUUUCACAAUAACUACCUUCCUUCCUUCCUUCCCCCGCAGCCAAUAAGGUGUGUACCUACAAUAUUUACAACAAUAGUGAGUAUAUUAACAGAUUUAAGACUGCUCUGUAUACAGUUUUUCUUUUUAUUUUGUAUUAUGUUUUUUUUUUAUAUAUAUAACAAAGAUCCCAGUUCAUAGUUGAGGAGGUAGACAAGUAUGAAUCUCAUUCAUUGUGUACGUCAGUAUUUCAUUCAAAACAGUUUUAAAAUGAUGUGUCCGCCAUACUAUUAUUAUUAUUAAACACUUGUUGCAUAGCUGUAAAUUGUGUUCUCUUAACAUUGCCACAAUACAACAUUUUGUUUUGCAUCGAAUUGAAUGAAGACUUAAGUAUUUUGUAGAACAAAAGAAUAACUAGAGUGCUGUUAAACUGCGUUUAUAUUCGAAUUUUCGUUUGCAUAUUUUUUUAGUUUUUCUUUUUUUUUUAAUCAUACACAAAAACUAAACUUAUGAUGUAGUGUUUUAUAUGAAAUUAACUAUAUGGGUUUGUAGGUAAAUUACUAUUUUAAAAAAUUACACAUAUGUAUAUCGAAUAUUUGCAAAAAGACAACAAAAAAACGAAAAGGACAUAACGUACUAUAAGAAAUGUAUGUGUGUAUAUAUAUAUAUAUAUGUGACUAUAUAGUAAAGUAGAUAAGCGUAUUAAUUGCUUUGGAUUAUUUACUUAGACGUUUUUUAUUAUAUUGUGUUUUUUUCUUUCUUUUUUAUUUUGAUACAUUGUUUUUAAUUACAUAUAUACAUAUGCAUAUUAAUGUCACAAA